UAGUGUAGUGGGAUCAAACACGUCUUCCAGUUUGACAGAUACAUACAUUUAGAGCUUUCCUGCUUUCCCAAAGUUCUUGGGUCUCAGUUCUCAUCUAUGGAGAAUGGCAGCGAGGAUAUUUCUAGAAACGAAUUAUGAGCGUAAACUCAGCAAUAACCGCCCUCAGUAUAGAGACCAGAACUGUGGACUCAUUGGACAAAGCUGGGCUAUGUUGUUUGCCAGUGGAGGCUUCAAGGUGAAACUCUAUGAUAUUGGGCAACAGCAGGUAACAAAUGCCUUGGAAAAGAUCGGAAAAGAGAUGAAGUUUCUGGAGCAGUCAGGUUCUCUGAAAGGCUCCCUGGGUGCUGAAGAACAGCUGUCACUCAUCAGUGGGUGUUUGAAUAUUCAAGAGGCAGUAGAGGGCGCCAUGCACAUUCAGGAAUGUGUUCCGGAAAACCUGGAGCUGAAGAAGAAGAUUUUCGCACAGUUAGAUCAAAUUGUUGACGAUAAAGUUGUCUUGAGCAGCUCCACGUCUUGCCUCCUGCCUUCCAAGGUGUUCGCUGGCUUGGCACACGUGAAGCAGUGCAUUGUGGCCCAUCCCGUAAAUCCACCAUAUUAUGUGCCAUUGGUCGAGCUGGUCCCACACCCGAAGACGGCCCCCGCGACAGUGGACAGAACCUACGCCCUGAUGCAGAAGAUUGGACAGUCCCCAGUCAGAGUCAUGAAGGAGAUUGAUGGCUUUGCCCUGAAUCGCCUCCAGUAUGCUGUCAUCAGUGAGGCCUGGCGGCUCGUGGAGGAAGGAAUUGUUUCUCCGAGUGACCUUGACCUUGUCAUGUCAGAUGGCCUUGGCAUGCGGUAUGCGUUCAUUGGACCCCUAGAAACUAUGCAUCUGAACGCAGAAGGUAUGUUAAGCUAUUGUGACAGAUACAGUGAAGGCAUGCAACAUGUCCUAAAGACUUUUGGACCCAUUCCAGACUUUUCUGGGGCCACAGUUGAAAAAGUUAAUCAGGCCAUGUGUGUGAAAGUUCCCAAUGAUCCAGAGCACUUAGCUGCCAGGAGGCAGUGGAGGGACGAGUGUCUUCUGAGACUUGCCAAGUUGAAAAGACAGAUGCAGCCCCAGUAGCUACCAUCCUUCUUCACUGGGAGUCCUUGGUGGUGGAAUUACAAGCACUUAUUCCAGCUGCUCUGAAGCUGUGGGGAUCCACGUGGUCUUUUUGCAGUUCCAGAGCUCGACCUCCCCCCUUUGCAGGCCACAGUGGUGGGGCUGAGGGGUCUUCUGGUCAUGCCCUGGCCUUGGGUGUCACAGCUGCACUGGGUUCCAGGGGCUGUUGACUCCCUGCAACCUGGGCAAAGCAAGGUAGCAAAUCGUCUGAAGAUUUUUAGUGUGAUUCUGUAUGGCUGCAUUUUAUAGCCAAUGAUUGUGGUUUCAAGUUUAUUUUAAUCUGCAAAGUAGUUUUGUAAUUAUUUUCUAAUCUGCUUCUGAGCACCCUGUGGCCUACAUCUAUGAGGCACCGACCUUCAUUUUGUUAAUGCCUAUUCUGAAUAAAAAAUUUUGAUUGCCUAAUGA